AUGACACAAGGUAAGGAGUAAUACGCGUAGGAGUUGCUCGCGGAGCAGGCGAGGGAGAAAAAUGGGUAAUUGUGCACAGGCAUAGGCUCGACAGAAUCGAGAAUCCGAUUGACGCCUGCGUGCCGUCGGUCGGAAGGUCGGAACUUGGUUAUGCGGUGUUGCUCUCGACGAGCGAGGGAGGAGAACAAGGAGAAAGAGAAGGAGAAGCUACCAUCGCCGCUCUAACCAGUAAGUGCGUAUGUGACUCGGACUCGUUUAGAAAUGUCGCCUGCUCUUGCGCUAGUCCUCGUCCUCGUGGCGAGCGGAGCGUCGUCGUCGAAUUAACCUCUGAAAUAUGUCGGAACCGGGAGUCAGUCGGUCACGGACCGUCGAGGCAGGUGCAUCGUCCUCUCUAACCUCCUCCUCACCUCCGACAACGGCACAAGUCUGCGCAGUCUGCAAAAGGUCCGACAGGAUUCUCCGCUGUGCCCGUUGCAAGGUUACCGUCUACUGCAGCAAGGAGCAUCAACGCGACGACUGGAAACGGCACAAGCCAUCCUGCGCACCGAAGCCGAAUUCUUCGAGCGCUGAGCCUAACCUAAAAACGAGUGGCAGCCCCGACUCUCUGCCGAAUUACUUUUCCCGCCGACCACCGGAGUCCCAGGAUCCCGCCGUCGCUGCCGAACAGCUCCUCGCCGCCGAGGUAUCCCCGAUAACUCACAAGGGCAGCUCGGAGGACACGAUAUUGGGAGCCAGGGCUGAGCUGCUUAACCCUGCGCUGGAAGGUUCAGGGAUUCUUGGAGACAUGCCGACUCCGCAGCGCAACGGCUUGAGAAACUUCCCCGAGGUUAGUCUUGGCGACAAGGAUGGUAUCGCGCCGACUUCCCCUCUGAGGAACCAAAACGACGAACGUGUAAUAGACCACAUUUGCCGCAUCGUUGUCAGAGACAUGAACAAGUACGGCGUAUGCGUCAUCAAGAAUUUCUUGGGCGCGGAAAAAGGUUCGUUCGUCCUCAACGAGGUUCUCAACAUGUAUAGUGCUGGCCUGUUCAGAGACGGACAACUCGUCUCCCAAAGAGGAGGCGCCGGUGAUCUCAGGCGAGCUAUUCGGGGUGACCAGAUCACUUGGCUUGACGGCAAAGAGAAGGAGUGUCCGAACAUUGGUCUGCUCAUAUCUCAGGUCGACGCCAUCAUCCUCAGGGCUAACAAGAUGUUGUCGAAUGGGAAAAUGGGACAAUACACGAUAAAUGGCAGGACAAAGGCAAUGGUCGCCUGUUAUCCUGGAAACGGUUCUCGAUAUGUCAAACAUGUCGAUAAUCCCAAUCAUGACGGACGUUGCGUCACAGCUAUAUAUUACUUGAACAGGGAUUGGAAUGUAGAGCAAGACGGUGGCCUCUUGAGGAUAUUUCCCGAAGGCUGGCAAGAUAGUGUUGCGGAUAUUGAACCAAUCUUCGAUAGAAUAUUAUUUUUCUGGUCAGAUAGAAGAAAUCCGCACGAAGUACAGCCUGCCUACAGAACACGUUAUGCCAUUACCCUCUGGUACUUCGACGCAGAUGAAAGAAACAGGGCGUGUCAGAGGUACCAGCAAGAAAGAGAACUCUCACAAUCGUAAAAUACGUGAGCGAAAACGAAAAAAAGUGGGAGAAAGAUGUGGUGAAAUAAUGAACUAACAGUAAAAGAGAACUCGUCGAUUGAUACACGCCGACUUUAUUAUUACUUUGACUGCAAGAUUUUUUUUUUUUUUCUUCUUCCCCUGCCCUCAAAUACAUUGUAGCCAAGAUAAUGAAUAUUUGGGUUUGCUACCACGGAUAAGAGUCAAACAAUCAAAUGUAUUUAUAUAGUAUGUAUACACAUUAGCAUUCGUGGCGCUUUUUUCCCUUUGGUUCUAAGAGAUUGGAUAUCCAGUAAUGC